UCGUAGAGGAGGCCUGUCUUAUUCGUGUAAAAUCUGACAUGUUCUGACGAGUCGACGUGCUUGAUAUAUCAAACGUUUUAGUGUUUGGAAAGAAAAGCAGCAACCGUGCCACGUCGCGCCCCCACCCCCAGCGGAGCGGUCAUGUGGCAGGAGGCCCGCAAGCAUGAGCGCAAGCUGCGCGGCAUGAUGGUGGACUACAAGCGCCGUGGCGAGCGGCGCCGUGAAUACUAUGAAAAGAUAAAAAAGGACCCAGCUCAGUUUCUGCAAGUCCAUGGCCGCGCUUACAAGAUUCACCUGGACUCUGCAGUUGCGCUGGCUGCAGAGAGUCCAGCCAAUAUGAUGCCAUGGCAAGGUGAUGCCAACAACAUGAUUGAUAGGUUUGAUGUAAGAGCACAUCUGGAUUACAUUCCCACCUAUACCCCUCCACUCUUAAAUACUGUCACACCAGAGCAAGAGUCUGAGGAGAGGAAAUGCAACUAUGAGCGCUACAGGGGACUCGUACAGAAUGACUUUGCCAGCAUUUCUGAGGAACAGUGCCUAUAUCAGAUCUACCUGGAUGAGCUGUAUGGUGGCCUGCCAAGGCCAAACGAAGAUGAAAAAAAGAAACUUGCAGAGAAAAAGGCAUCGAUAGGCUACACAUAUGAAGACAGCACAGUGACAGAGCCCAGCAGCCAUCCUGACAAAGGGGAGGCUGACGACGACUCGGAGAAUAGUGAGUCAGAUGAGGACGAAGGCAUCCCUGACAUUGAUGUGGAGGUGGAUGUAGAUGAGCUGAACCAAGAGCAAGUCCAAGAGCUCAAUAAGAUGGCCACACCGUACGGAAUGGCUGAUGGAGACUUUGUUAGGAUGCUGAGGAAAGACAAAGAGGAAGUGGAGGCGAUAAAGCAUGCCAAGGCUCUAGAGGCAGAGAAAGCCAUGUACUCGGGACGGCGAUCUCGCAGACAGAGAAGAGAGUUCAGGGAGAAGAGACUAAAGGGAAGACAAAUCAGUCCUCCUAGCUAUGCCAGGAGAGACAGCCCAACCUAUGACCCUUACAAGCGCCCACAGUCUGAGUCCAGCUCCGAGUCCCGCUCCCGUUCUCGCUCCCCAGGACAAGAGAAGAUCACCUUCAUCACCAGCUUUGGGGGCAGUGAUGAUGAGGGUGCUCCUGCUGCCCCACCCCAGCCUGCUGCCCAUGCCAGCCAUGCCCCUUCCAACUCUCAGCAGCACCACCCUGCAGGUCAUAGCAGGGGCUCCCGCAGACGCCGUUCAUCCUCCAGUGUCUCUUCGACAUCCUCCUCGUCCUCCUCCCGCUCAUCAUCCCGUCGCUCUUCCUCCCGGUCCUCCAGCCGCUCACGUCGCAGCCGACGACGGGGGGGGCGGGACAGCCGAUACUCGCGGUCCCGCUCCCGUUCCCGUCGCUCUGACUCACGGUCUCGGGGAAGGGGCGGUGGCAACAGCGGAGCCCGUCGGCGUUAUGCACGGUCCCGGUCUCGGUCCCGCUCGCGUUCUGGGGACAGGGACAGGGGGCGGCGCCACACUGUCCGCAGGCGCACCAGGUCUCGGUCGGAUUCUCGGACAGGUGACCGUUUCCGUCGUCAGGGUCGUAGUAGCGGUCCCCGACGAGGAGGCAGCAGCAGCGCCAGCCCCACACAGUCCCCUGGGCUCAGCCGCUCCCCUUCCCCUCCCCCUCGACAUGCCCCUCCUACUGCCAUGGCUCUCUGUGAUAAGCUGAGAAAGCCUGACACUGCUGGUGGUAAAGAGACGGGAGCUGCCAAACCCAAGAUGACGCCCCAAGAGAAGCUGAGGCUGCGCAUGCAGAAGGCCCUAAACAAGCAAUGCAAGGCGGAUAAGAAGGCUGCCCAGGUGAAAAUCCAACAACAGGAGCACAAGAGACAGGAGCGGGAGGGUGAGCUGAGAGCCAUGGCACGAAAGAUUCGCAUGAAGGAACGGGAGCGGCGGGAAAAAGAGAGGGACGAGUGGGAGAGGCAAUAUGGAAGGCAGAGCCACUCGCCCUCUCCUACCUACAAAUACAAUCGGGAACAUAGCUCAUCCAGAAGGAGGUCUCGUUCCCGCUCUCGGAGUCCAUACUACAGAUACUAAAACUCCCUCAGAGUGCUAUCCUCCUCGCCAUGGCAUAGCCUGGCCUUGUCUCCAUAGUCCCUACACCACUGUUCUACUCCCUAAGGCAUUCUUUAACUGAGGUGGUCACGCGCUCACAGUCAGCUACAGAUCAGACACCGUCUUCGGAAGCAAAGGCACUCAGAGAGAACGACUUGUAAGAGCGCUGUCUUCCAAGAGAGAUGGUCAGAGGGGGUCUAUCAAAGUUGCAGUGAACUUCCUGUACUGAAACCUCUCCAAAACACUGUAUGUAACAGUAUGUUUGGUUACAAUCUUGAUCAUAAUGCAUCAUUAGGCUAGAACCCAGGAUCAAAUCAAUGCAGCAAAAUAUUGAAUGGGGUGGACCUUAAAAUUGCCUGAAAUACUCCCUGAAUUUUAGUUUUUCAGUGCUCUGUCUGAAUCCAGUAUGAGGGAUCCAAACUGCUUUUCAACAGGAAAGAAAUGGACAUGUGUAAAUACUUUCUAAAUGUCUGAGGAUGGUACUUAACUUGAAAUUCCAUGAAUAUGAAGACUGUUUUUUGUAUGGAAACUGCCUUUCCCACACAUACUGUUCUGCUGUACAUAUUGCCAUUACUGUACUCUUGCUAGUGACAGGAAAAUCAAAAUAUUUUUUGUUUGAAUAACAGUUCACUGAGGUGUUCCAAAUAAAAGGCAUACCAAUCAUA